AUGACUCCUGACUGUUUUGCUGUGAUACUGGACUACCUCCAGGAUGAUAAAGCAACUUUACAUUCAUGUGUACUGAUAAAUCGAAUGUGGUGUCGUCUGACUGUUCCGCUUCUUUGGAGUCGUCCGUUUAGCCUAGUUUCUCAAAAUAAAAUAAAUACCAUCGAAAGAAAUGCUGCGCUUAUAAUAUCAACUUAUGUAAGUUGCUUUUCCGAUUCAGAGAGACAACAACUCAUAGACGAAGGUUUCGAUCUACCUUUAAAUUAUAGUAAACCUUUUUUUGACUAUACGAGGUACUUACGAAGUAUGGAUGCUGCAAUGUUUGAUUGUGCCGUUCAACAUUGGGCAAAAUUAAAUUCUCAUAAAAGUGGUUGUUGGUUCAACACAACUGCUUAUAUGGCAGGUUUGGCUUUUAAACGGACAAUAGGAUUAAAAAGUUUAAAUUUUACUCAUAUGAAAGAUUUUUCAAUAGAAAAUUUAAAUCUUUCAUCUUUUACUAGUACUUAUCAUGCUUUAUCAAAACUUUCAUCCUUCGAAUUGGUUUAUUAUCCAACUCACUCCUUUUUCAAAGAUGCUACAAAUACUUUAAAUUCAAUAUUUUCCACUCUUGCUGACUGUGCAACUAAUCUAAUAGAUCUUAAAAUUUCUAUUAAUAAGCGCUGUGCGCCACCAAUCGAUCAAAUAUUUCGUUUGAUUAAAUCACAAUCUCAAUUACAAGUUUUAAAGACGAAUGAAUUUUGGAGUGUACCUGAAGAAACUGAAGAAUUUUGUGCCGUUUUAAGUACUCAAGCAAAAUCUUUAAGAUGGUUGGAAUUUUCCGAGAUUACUUAUAUACCAAUAGAAUUGGUUAGAGUUCUUAUGUCUUGUCAUCGAUUAGAAACUUUGGAAUUUCGUGGUUUCGAUAGUUUAAAUCUUAAUUCAACUAAUAACGAUAAUCAAGAUACAACAAAAUAUGAUGAUAACUUUAAUGAUUAUAGAUUAAACAUUGAAAAUUUACACGUAUUUAGGAAUUCUUUACCAUCUACGGUAAUUAAUCUUUUAUCCUUAACUCAUUCACAAAAUCUUAAAAAAUUAGCUAUAGAAAAAGCUACGAUUGAAAUUAUUGAUACACUUCAAGUUUAUUGUCCAAACGUAACAAAUUUAUCUUUAUGUACAACAAAUUCUAUAUGUCCAAAUCAUGCUUUAUUUUCAUUUGCUGUACAAAGUUAUUUGGUAAAUUCUCAUUUGGAACGAUUUACUCUUAGAGUAUUUGAUGAAUUUUGUGUUGAUCUAGUCAGGGACAUAGUAUCAACUAUACCUAAUUCUUUAAAAAGAUUGGGUUUGGAUUUUGAUUUAUCGAUUGAAGAUUUAAGAUCUAUUUUAGAAUGUUCUAAAGUUGAAAUAAUUACUCUUGAAUUACAUUAUUCGUGGAAAAUGAACUUGCAGGAUUUUAUCAACGUAAUUAAUUGGUAUAGUGAAACUAUUAAUAAGAAAUUGAGAAAUGUUAGAUUAUAUUUACAAGAUGCACAUUUGAAUAAGGAUAGUAAUAUUUUAUUGAAUGUUGGAGAUUUGAUUAAUGAACAUUUGUUUUUCGAAGUUGUUAAUUUACCUAAUAUUCCUUUAUCUUAA